AUGGCGAGUCAUCAACUUGAGGAAUUGGGUAAGGGGCCUGCACCGGUGUCCAAGAUCAACGUUUUUUUCGUACAUUAUCAACGAAUGUCACCGGACUCGGAUGAUGCCAAUAGUUACUUGGGUGGAGUCGUAAAGGCACUCACUUUAAGCCUCAAUGGUACAGGCAUAUUGAAGUUGGCUUUUUUGCUAGAUUUUGUAGAAAUCGUCGGCGAAACAGGACGAAAUAUGUCCAGAGCUUUGUGCUCGUUGCUCUGCCUCUGUUGUGUUGUCAGAAAGUUGGUGCAAAACGUUUAUGGGUGCAGACUCCAGCCUGAGCUACAUCAGCCCGAAGAGUCGACAAGAUCAUCUGGUGGUCGAUUGCUCCGUAACAAAGCAAGGACUUAA